CUCCGCUCAACAGCUUAAGACUUCUGUCAGCUGAGGACAGUCGCAUUUGCCCAUUAUGUCCGCUUAGUUCAUUUAAUCCAUCUCCUAGCAUGGCUGGCACUAUGCAAGCCUGGCAGUACUCAGCUGUCCAGGGCAAGGUGGAAGACAGCAUCUCAGUCAACGAUGUUGCGAAGCCGACCGCAUCUUCUCUCGCCAAAGGGCAGCUCAUUGUCCAAGUCAUCACCGCGGCUCUCAAUCCCGUUGACUACAAAUUCCCUGAAGCGGGAUUCAUUGGGCGCAUGAUGAUUCCGCGCCCUACGACUGUAGGCCUGGAUUUUUGUGGUCGCGUCGUUGCCAAACACCCUUCCAGCAGCGCCUUCGAAGAGGGUCAACUUGUUUUUGGUGCAUAUAAUUCUCUCACUGGGGCGGGCACGCUGUCUCAACAUAUCGUCAUCCCAGAGAAGUUCUGCGCUAUCUUGCCCCCUGGUGUUGAUCCAGACCAUGGCGCAGCUGCUGGGACUGCCGCCAUAACAGCCUAUCAAUCCCUCAUGCCCGACACAUCGAAGUCCGGGGCGAAGAUAUUUAUCAAUGGUGGCAGCGGCGGUACAGGCACUUGGGCGAUUCAGUUCGCAAAGGCCAUGGGCGCUGAAGUCACCGUCACCUGUUCGACUGCGAAUGUGGGCCUAUGCCGAAAACUUGGAGCCGACGAAGCCAUCGAUUACAAAACAGUGGACCUUAUUUCCAGUCUCAAGGAGAAGACUCAUGACUUCGAUCUCGUCAUCGACAAUGUUGGAAUGGAUGAUGAACUGUACAAUAUCCGCGAAGUGCUUCUGAAACCCACAGGAACCUUUGUGCAAGUCGGCAUUCCGGCUGUCACAAACUGUAUCCACUGCUAAGAAGAUCAUAUGGCCAUCCAUAUGCGGCGGCAGGAAAUACUACUUUGUCAACAUAAAGAACAGCGCCGAGUUCUUCACUCAAAUCGGUCGAUGGAUGGGUGAGGGCAAGGCCAAGGCAGUGAUUGAUACGGCAUACAAGUGGGAGGACGUCCCUUUGGCUUUCAGAAAAUUGAGGGAUGGACAUGUGAGGGGAAAUUUGGUUGUGCAUGUCGCGAACAGAGAUUGAUUGUGGAGGUGUGUUUGCGUUGUCGAAAUAUUC